AUGACGACGGACAACGCACUCAAUUCCCAACGGGUGUUCAAGAAAUCCUCACCAAACAACAAGUUGACGCUGUACCUGGCUUCGCGCGACCUAGUGGUGGAAAAUGGCGCCAUCGACAGAAUCCAAGGGGUUCUCCACGUGGAACCUGAAUACUUGGAGAACAAGAAACUGUAUGGACAAGUUACAUUGACGUUCAGAUAUGGUCGAGAAGAUGAAGAAGUCAUGGGCCUCAAGUUCUGUAAUGAGGCCAUCAUGAGCUUGGCACAAAUAUGGCCGCUGCACUGCAACCAUGACAGAGAGCCUAACAGUCCACUCCAGGACGCGUUAAUAAAACGUUUGGGUGCAAAUGCGUAUCCCUUCCACCUGGAGCUGACACCCUUAGCGCCACCUAGCGUGCAGCUGGUACCCGCGAAGCAGUACCACGGAGCACCUAUAGGAACUUCAUACGAUGUGAGAGCUUAUAUCGCGGAACGUCCAGACGAGAAAGUGUCGCGACGCAACACGGUGCGCAUGGGCAUACGAGUGCUGCAAGGCCCGGGUCGGUGUGUUCCACCACCGGUACUGCCGCCGCCAUCACCGCACCACACGCUCAGUGCGCUUGCGCAGUACAACAUGCUAAGGUUGAAAAGCAAAACGAAAAUGGAGUCAGAUGAGAACUGCCGACCGAAACCUGAAGAAAUAGAAAAUUCGGAGGUUCAGCCGCCGCGGGCGACGGUUGAGAAACCUUUUCUGCUAUCCGAUGGAAGAGUCGAACUGGAAGCAUGGCUGGACAAACCGACAUACUCACAUGGGGAAUCCAUAAGAGUUGGAGUGGUCGUCGCUAAUCACUCCUCGAAGACUGUGCGACGGAUCAAGGCUUUGGUGGUUCAGCACGUCGACGUCUGCAUGUUCUCUAACGGAAAGUUCAAGAAUGUGGUUGCUCUCGUCAAAGGCAACGAUGUAGUGUUGCCAGGGCAAACACACACCGAUACGUUCACACUUACACCACAUAGAGGUAUCACCAAAAAUUGGAUAGCACUUGAAGAUUCUUAUUCAAAAACAGGCGCCAGUCUCGCCUCUACAGUCCUUAGCAACAACACGCCAGAGGACAGAAAUGUGUUUGCGAUAUACGUGUCAUAUUACGUCAAAGUAAAGCUGACGUUUAGUGCGAUGGGUGGAGAUCUCUCAUUAAAAUUACCCUUUACGCUAACACAUUCUUGCAUCAACGAAGCGCCUACAGACAGCGUGACAGAAGAAGCUACUCAUAAAAUGAUUCUAGAAGGCAAAGAAAAUAGUGAAGAUGAGGACAGCAAAGCUGAAAUAGAACGGGACAAGCAGAACAAUAACGGAGAAGAAGCACCAGGAGAAGAUGCCGAAGUAAAGUCUCCAGAAGACCACCGAUGUGUGGCUGAUGUCCUAGUCAACAUUGAGAACAAAAUGGAUCGACCGAAGAAGUUCGAAGGACAAACAGAAGUGCGAACUGUGAAGCCGAGUGAUGAAGAGCUGGAUCUUAUCGUCAAGUACCCAGGUUCGGACACGUGA